AUAAUAUUUUUAACACAUGGACAUGGAAAUAAGAUAGACGACGAAAGGAUAAUGACGUCACUGGAUGAAGGUGGGAGGUAACCGGAGUAAAGAUGGAUAUAGAUCAUGUUGUACUGGAUAAAGAAGCAAUCAACCGAUUCGAACAGUAUACAUUGGCAAAGCCUUCACUUAAUGGAGGGAUACCCUUGGACAGAUGCCAAGAUGCCGACUCGAUGGCAUCUAAUAGCAGAAAGAGAGCGCAAACUUCGCGCCAGAAAGUUGUUUGUUGCUUUUGUUUUAAAACAACUAAGUACAGAAGAAAACAAUUUAUUAUCGGCUCCCUUACGAACGUUGUGAUAUUUUCUAUUUUGUUGGCGUACACGUUUUUAGGUUCGUUUAUAUUCCUAGCCAUUGAGGGCGGAGUAGAAGUGCCGGCGAGGCCUCGGUUGCUACCGGACAGGCAAAAAACGAGCCACAGAGAGCACAAUAGCACUAAGAAACAUCCUGAAGACGAUUACGAGUAUGGUAAUUUGACACUUUCCGCCAACUAUUUCUGGGACGCCAGGAGCAGAGCCGUCGAAAAUAUCUGGGAAAUAACAGUUUCACUAAACAUUCUGUAUAGGGAGAAUUGGACUAGAUUGGCUGCACAAGAGAUCUUAAAAUUCCAAAACGAGCUAGUUCAGAGGGUGACUACAGAAAUGGCGUCGCAGUACGGAGUUAGUUACCGGGAGAUGGCCCUCGGUGAAUUUGCCGGGAGCGACGCUAGCAACCAUUAUGAAGAGCACGAAUGGAAUUUGGCGCUCGCAUUUUUCUACUCGCUAACCGUUCUAACUACAAUAGGUUAUGGAAAUAUCGCUCCGAGAACGAUUCUCGGGAAAGGUGUCACGAUUAUUUAUGCUCUCGUCGGUAUACCGCUCACUCUGGUGUACCUUUCGAGUGUCGGAUCGUUACUAUCUAAAAUGGCUCGAAGUGUAUUCAGCCGAGCGUUAUGUUGCUGUCUUUGCUCCAACUGUGGCUACUGCUGCUACGACGAAAGGCGAAUGGCAGAGAAGGAACGGAGAAUGAAGCUUAAAAGGCAACAAGAAGAAAUGCUCAACAGUCAGAACACUAGCAAAACUCCAACAGAAGAGUGCUAUGUAUUAAAACCUGACAGUCAGAAAGACUUAUCCAUAUCAGAGAGGCCUACUACAAGUACAGCGAAAGAUGACGUCAUUAGUUGGCCAGAUACCGACUCAAAACUGUCAAUGCAUGGCUUGAGCAUUCUAGCGCCUGUUCUUCUGUGUCUUUCUGCGAUAUUUAUCUACAUAGUCAUAGGAGCCGUGGUCCUAUUCAAAUUAGAUGGUAUGGGUAUCAUAGACGGUUUUUAUUUUUGUUUUAUGGCUUUAAGUACAAUAGGUUUCGGUAAUAUCAUCCCUGGUAUGAGUUACACGACUAUCAGUGGGGUCAGGUAUUACACAAUCAACUCUACUACUCUAUGGUUUUGUUCUGGAUACACUCUGACUGGGUUGGCCUUAACAGCAAUGUGCUUCGGCGUCAUCCAUGAUGAGAUUAUUUACAGGAUAAAGCAUCAACAGAAAGAGUGGUCUCAGAAAAGUAAUACAGUCAACGAUGAGGUCAAUUUAAAUGAUCCGUUUUACAUGAACUCCUGACAAAUGUUUAAUAAGGGGAAGUCGGAGAACUUGUACAGUAUAAUGGAGGAUAAUUCUGUAGUGGAGCGUAAUAGGAUUGAAAUUGACAAUAGGGAUGUAGUUCUUAGUGUAGAUGAUAUAACGACGGCAGUAGAUGCUGCUGCCGACUUCCCUCCGCCCCCUUCAGAAGAUGAAAUAGUUACUAUUGUAACUAAGAAGGAGCCGAAAGGAUUUGGCAAUAUGGUGGCAUACAAUGCAUUACCAGAAAUGCUUGAACAUGUAAAUACAUAAUUGUACAGAUUUUCUACAUUAUUGUAGUUUUUUAUGAAUUACUUUCCGUUUGUUUAAUUUACUGGCUGUGAAAUAUUUGUUUAGACAUAUUUUUUAGGAUCGAAUAUCAAGAUUGUAUCUCGAAUUCACUUUUCCACAAUAUUGUAUGAUUGUAACUUUGUAAAUAUUGUAAUUAAACUUAGUUUUAAGACGGAAACGAUGUCUAACAUCUUUUAUCUAAAUCUAUUUGUCAACUGUUAAUAUCAAGAAAUGUAAUUGUAACAAUUUUCAUGUGAAUAGUUUCUUUGUAAAAAUAUCAGUUUAAUAAAAAACAAAUAACUCUA